UAGAGGGUGGAAUGAGUCUGAGAUUUCAUUUUCCAAAACUCAACCAAACAAGAGAGCCUAGGAUCCCCUUCAAAACAUCAACCAAAUGACCCGUUAAGACCUAAAACAACCCAGAUUGUUCAUAUUCUACAUUAGAAUAUAGGAUUGACCGUAAUCCACCAUGCAUUAAAUUUGCCGUGUGGAAGUUUGUCUAAAUAUCGUAUAUAAUAUGGAAGCAAGCCUCAACUCUAACUCCUAUCUAUCCUUCAUUUUAUUGUUGUUUCCCAUCAAUAACCAUGAUUCUCAAAGCAUUAGUCUUCUUCUUUCUUUCCCACCUUCAAGCGCCAUUGAUUCUGUCAUUCGCAGCUGCUUCAAAUGUGACUGAUGAACAAGCUCUCAUUGCUUUCAGUUCUGCAAUAACAAAUGAUCCCACCAACAUAAUCAUGGGCAGGAACUGGAGAAGAGGAGCCAACUUCUGUGACUGGGUUGGAGUCACUUGUAGCAAACGCAGGCAAAGAGUUACAGCUCUCCAUUUUUCCAAUAUGGGACUCGAAGGUAAAAUAUCACCUUUUGUUGGAAACCUAUCCUUCUUGGUUUCUCUUGUUCUUUCUAACAACAGUUUCCAUGGUCACAUACCAUAUGAGCUCGGUCGUCUGCGUAGGCUCAAAACACUUAAUUUGCAGAUGAACCGAUUGGAAGGAUCGAUACCUUCGAGUUUACACAACUGCUUUAAGCUUGAAGGUGUUUUCCUAGGAAGAAACAUGUUAAGUGGUGGCAUACCAGAGGAGUUGGGCAGUUUAAAAAACCUUCAUAGCCUCUAUCUAACUGAAAACAAUCUCAAUGGAACCAUCCCAGGUUCCAUUGGAAAUAUGUCGGCGUUAGAGACAUUUAUACUGAUGGGGAACAGAUUUACGGGUUCAUUUCCAUCAUUCAUGUUUAACAUCUCCUCUAUUGAGUUUUUUAGUCUUGAAAACAAUAGCUUCUCUGGCUAUCUUCCAAUUGAUAUUUGUCUCCAUUGGCCUAGGCUUGAGGUACUAUACCUUGCUAGGAACCAAUUUAUAGGCCAAAUUCCAUCUACUUUACGCCAUUGCUCAGGAUUAACUACGCUGGAUCUCUCCGGAAACAAAUUGAAUGGAAGUGUGCCAACAGAACUUGGGACUCUGCAGAAGCUGGAGACGCUUUAUCUGAGGAGUAAUGACUUGACUAGUACAAUUCCAACUUCUUUGGGAAACAUUUCGAGCCUAGCGAAUUUUUCAUUGGCUAGAAACAACAUUCAUGGAGGUAUCCCUGAUGAGUUUGGGAGAUUGACAAGUUUGGAAGUCCUGGAUUUGCAGCACAAUCACCUCACUGGGCGCAUACCUGAGUCGGUCUUCAACAUUUCCUCUCUCAGAAUUAUUGCGAUUCUGAACAAUAGCAUCUCGGGACAUCUUCCGUUUAAUACAGGUCUUUGGCUUCCGAAUCUCGAAGGGAUGUAUUUUGGACACAAUCGAAUUGGCGGAAGCAUUCCUGCUUAUUUAUCAAACUCAUCGAAACUGUUUCUACUAGACAUAGCCUUCAACUUGUUCACUGGACCAAUACCGUCAAGUCUCGGGAAUUUACCUCGUCUUCGCAUCCUCAGUAUGGAAGAAAACAGACUGACCAGAGACCCUGGAUUUAAGGAACUCAGGUUUCUUACUGCACUAACAAACUGUCGGCUCCUUGAAAAGCUGAGUAUGGAUAAUAAUCGCCUUAGUGGUGUCCUACCAGAUUCAAUUGGCAAUUUUUCAGAUUCUCUGCAAGUUUUUGCUGCUUCCAGAAAUCAGAUAAGUGGUCCAAUUCCAGAAUCAAUCGGUGCAUUAAGAAACUUGAAUUUAUUGGUGUUAGGAGAUAACAACCUCAAUGGAACCAUUCCACCAACCAUUGGCGAUUUGCGAAACUUGCAAAGGUUGUUUCUCUAUAACAACCAGAUUGGAGGUUCUAUCACUGAAGAAGUUUGUAAUCUAAGAAAUCUGGGAGAAUUGGCACUCCAAGGUAACAGGCUCACUGGACCUAUUCCACAUUGCAUUGGAUCACUUAACCGUCUUCAAGAGCUUUAUCUUAGCAACAACUCAUUGACCUCAUCAAUUCCAGUUAGUUUGUGGACACUUGAAAAUAUCAUUUUCAUGGAUUUAUCAAACAACUCUUUAGGUGGGAACCUUUCUUCAGAAAUGAAAAUGUUAAAAGUCACAGAAGAAAUGGAUAUUUCUCAGAACCAAAUCACAGGUAAAAUCCCAGCUAUUCUCGGGACCUUCGAAAGAUUAGAUUUCCUUGAUCUGUCAAAGAACUCAUUGCAGGAGAGUAUUCCUGAGUCAUUUGGUGACUUACAAGCACUGGAGUUCUUGGAUCUCUCUUACAAUAAUAUAUCUGGUCUUAUUCCCAAGUCGCUUGAGUCACUCAAUCAUCUCAAACAUUUGAAUCUAUCUUUCAAUGACUUAUCAGGAGAGAUCCCAAAUGGAGGACCUUUUGCUAACUUUACGACGGAGUCUUUUCUGGCAAAUAAGGAGCUUUGUGGAGAAUUAUUAUCAAAAUCUUGCUCUCGUCAAAAUUCCAACAACAAACAAAUCCUUCUUAAGUACAUUACUCCAAUUGUUGCAACUGUGCUGAUCUUUGUUUGCCUUCUUUACAUACUGAGGGCAUUCAAACACAAGAAGAAAGAGAGUACUCCAAGUUCUUCGGAUUUGGUACAAAUACCUGAGCACAAAAUGAUUACAUAUCAUGAACUUCGUCACGCUACAAAUGACUUCUCUGAAGCCAAUCUGCUCGGAAUUGGGAGUUACGGUUCGGUCUAUGUGGGAACAAUUUCUGAUGGUGCAGUUGUUGCUGUAAAGGUUCUGAAUCCAAAAGCAGAUGGUGCAUUCAAAAGUUUUGACACAGAGUGCGAAGUCUUACGGACAACCCGACAUAGAAAUCUUGUUAAAAUCAUCACCUCUUGCUCGAAUCCUGAGUUCAGAGCUUUGAUUAUGGAGUAUAUGUCAAAUGGAAGCCUUGAGAAGUGGUUGCACUCCGAAAACCACAACUUGAAUCUCUUUCAACGGAUCAACAUCAUGAUUGAUGUGGCAACAGCUUUAGAUUAUCUCCAUCAUGGACAGUCAGAGCCAAUCGUACACUGUGAUCUAAAGCCCAGCAAUAUCUUGCUAGAUGAAGACAUGGUCGCACAUGUUGGUGACUUUGGCAUUGCGAAAAUCCUCCCAAAAGCUUAAGAUGCAACACAUACCAGGACGUUAGGCACCAUUGGCUAUGUGGCACCUGAGUAUGGCUUUGAGGGACGUGUUUCUGUAAAGGGUGAUAUAUACAGCUAUGGGAUAAUGAUGCUGGAAAUAGUUACCGGGAAGAAACCCACAGAUGAAAUGUUUAUCGGAGAAGUGAGCUUGAGAAAAUGGGUUAGUUCAU